AUGUCAUUGUAUGAAAAUGAAUUAGAUUUUGAUGCCGAAUACUUCGCAGAGGAAUUUAUUCAAUUCCAGAGUCUAAUUAUAUCUACAAAUGAUAAAAAUACAAUAAUUACUCCAUCUGACCAAAAGAAAUCUAUUAAAAAUAUGCAAAUGUCUCAUACGUUUCAAAAUGUAGAAACAUGUUUGCAUAUAUUUAUGACGAUGCCAGUAAAUAAUUGUACUGGUGAAAGAUCCUUUUCAGUUCUUAAAAGAAUUAAAAACAGUUUAAGAUCAUCUCUGGGUCAAGAAAUGUUGGAUGUCCUAGGAAUCUUAUCUAUUGAAAAUGACAUAUCACUGGAUGCAUUAAUUUCAAUGAAGUUAUUGAUGCAUUUGUAA